ACUCAUGAAUCAAAUUAAAUAAAAUACUAUGUAUUCAAAAUUAUUCUUUCCAUUUUCAUAGCAUCAUCAUCAAACGCAGGCCAUCAACCACGCACACAAUUCGUUCAUACUGAGUCAAAUCUGCUCAAAAAUUUCAUUCGCAGUUUCUGGACGCAUUUUCUGUGAUUAUGGAUGGAUUAAACCAUGAUGGCAACAGUGUGGAUUCUUUCUUACGGAACUACAAACUUGGGAAGACUCUCGGGAUCGGUUCAUUUGGCAAAGUUAAAAUUGCUGAACAUGCACUCACAGGCCACAAAGUUGCUGUCAAGAUUCUAAAUCGUAAGAAAAUUAAGAAUAUGGAUAUGGAAGAAAAAGUCAGAAGAGAAAUCAAAAUAUUAAGAUUGUUUAUGCAUCCUCACAUCAUACGUCUCUAUGAGGUUGUGGAGACGAUUUCUGACAUAUAUGUUGUCAUGGAAUAUGUGAAGUCUGGUGAACUGUUUGAUUAUAUUGUGGAGAAAGGUAGGUUACAAGAAGAGGAGGCACGCACGUUCUUUCAACAGAUAAUAUCUGGAGUAGAGUACUGCCACAGGAAUAUGGUGGUUCAUAGAGAUCUGAAGCCAGAAAACUUGCUUUUGGAUUCUAAACACAACGUGAAGAUUGCUGAUUUUGGUUUGAGUAACAUUAUGCACGACGGUCAUUUUCUGAAGACCAGUUGCGGAAGCCCCAACUACGCUGCUCCAGAGGUUAUCUCAGGUAAACUGUAUGCUGGGCCGGAGGUGGAUGUAUGGAGCUGUGGUGUAAUUCUUUAUGCACUUCUCUGUGGCACCCUCCCAUUUGAUGACGAGAAUAUUCCAAACCUGUUUAAAAAAAUAAAGGGUGGAAUAUACACUCUUCCCAGCCAUUUAUCUGCUUGUGCAAGAGAUUUGAUUCCCAGGAUGCUUAUAGUUGAUCCGAUGAAACGAAUGAGUAUUCCAGAGAUUCGUAACCACCCUUGGUUCCAAGCUCAUCUCCCACGCUAUCUGGCUGUGCCACCACCUGAUACAACACAACAAGCUAAAAAGAUUGAUGAAGAUAUUCUUCAGGAAGUGAUUAAGAUGGGAUUUGACCGUGCUGCACUUGUUGAAUCUAUCGGAAACAGGGUUCAAAAUGAGGGAACUGUUUCAUACUAUCUGCUGCUAGACAAUCGAUUUCGUGUUGCCAAUGGCUACCUUGGAGCUGAAUUCCAAGAGACCGUGGAACUCGGGUAUGACCGCAAUCCAAGUGAGGCCGUAGCAUCUCCUGUCAGGGAACGUCUUCCUGCAGUUAAGGAUCAUCAACAAUUUGGAGCAAGGCAACUUCCCGGUGACAGGAAAUGGGCUCUCGGACUCCAGUCUCAAGCCCAUCCUCGUGAGAUCAUGACGGAAGUUCUCAAAGCGCUGCAAGAACUGAAGGUUUUCUGGAAAAAGAUUGGACAUUACAACAUGAAAUGCAGAUGGGCUUCCGAUGCUCCUGCCGUUAUUGAACAUCAAGGGAGUAGUGGAACCCAAAAUGUUGUUAAGUUCGAAGUGCAGCUAUACAAAACAGGUGAAGACAAGUAUCUUCUUGAUCUGCAGAGAGUUCAGGGGCCGCCGCUGCUCUUCCUUGAUCUUUGCGCAGCUUUUCUCGCCCAGCUUCGUGUACAUUGAAAUCCAGGUUUGAAGACUCCCUCCGUCCCCCAAAGGGGCGAGCAUCGGAAGCAUUCUCCUCUUCCCCCAAACUGUUUAGUCACUGUCGUUGUCAUUGCCACCACCUCCACCUUCCCGUUUAUUUUACAAGCAUUCUACGCUUCGUGAGCUGCUCAGAUCUAUCGAGUCGACUGGAGCUCACUCAUUAAAGGCAUACAAAGAAUCAAAGAACUAGUUCAGACUCUUCAUCGCCUCACUCUGCAAUCGCGGCUCACCAUUAGCCUUGAAAUAUCAAAAGCUGAGCACUCGAUCCAAAAACUAGAAAUCCACAUGCUCCAUGAUUAUCUCGCUAUCCACCUCCGUAAUUAGCAAUGAAUCGUCACCUCGCGAUUCAAACUGAGCCCAAACUCGAAUGUGUAUUUUUGAUGGUAUAUUCCUCAUAUGGAUCGUUGAUGAAAUCGGUGAAGUUUGAUUCUUCCUAGUGUACUUGGCUGAUGGGAAAGCUUGAUCUUGAUAAGUAUACAGUUGGUGAUUUUCAAAGAGAGGUUGUGAGUUGAUGAAGAAUUUGAAUUUGUGGACAAGAAAUUAGUUUGAGUGU